CGGUGUGCCUGGAGAAAUGGGCUCUCCAAAGGGGCCAAAUCGACGGGGCGGGCCGGCCUGGGCGUCUGGUGCCCCCAGACCCCCCAACGGAGGUUUGGGACAGCCGAGUGAUGGCGAAUCGGCGCCAUCCCACCCGGUUCCGGGAGCACGGUUUCCGGGUGAUGGCGAAUCGGCAUGCUCUGGCCCCACUGCCGAACUCCCGACCCACCCGACCCGGAUGGGUGUCUACCCCGACGUGCACCCGGAGCGUCUGCAUGCCCCCCCCACGACAGUGGUGCAACAGGGAGCAUUCGAGCUGCCCCGCUCCGAGGACGUUGGACCGUGCCGAGCUGCCCGGGCUGUUCCCCGAAAUACCCCCGCGGGACACCACACCGAUAUCGCCCGUGCUGGGUAUGAUGGUGGCACGGACCCCCGCUCGACCGGCAGCACCGUUUGUACGUACUGUGGCUUGGCCAGGCCCACACCGUGCUCUGCUCGCCACCGUGUUGGUCGGGGUCGGCAUACCCAUAACAAUUAACUCCAUCCAUGACACCCUCCUCACGGACAGCUCUACACACUGUCGUGACACCUCCCCCUUAGUGGGGACGGCCGGCACGAUCAUGCCCACCGCGGAUCACGGGGGAAGGGACACCUCGCGGGCUUCCGAAACCAUCGCCCCCAUCCCACCCCCCACUCCCGGAAUGCCGGUGCUGAUAUCGGCGUCUGAUUCACCGAUCAUGCCCACCGCCAUGGAGCCCCAGACCCCACGUUCCCAUGCCCCCGCAGCACCAAAAAGAGACCCCGAAUGUCCAACCGAAGCCGGCCCGAAAUACCCUCUCCCAGGCGCACCCUCCCCGGGACCAUCCUCGCCCGGGAAAGCCCAGGUGCAUGGAUCGACCGGAGUCACGAACUCCGAGGAAUCGGGGAUCCCCGCCCUCACCCGCUCGUGGGGAGUCCCGGAUCCGUCGACGGGUAUACCGAUCAUCGGGAUCCCACGCAUCGUGGUCGGAUCCCCCUUCAAGAUCACCGCAGUCCCCCCCCAUAUGCGGGCACCCGAUGUUUACGAGGGUCCACCCACACUGGCCACGGCAUUCCCCCCCACUGCACCCAAAAUAGCUAUCCCCGCGAAUAUGGUCCGUGUGCCGAACCAUCGUUCCCAUGAUCAUGAUCGGCAACCACCCUCGCUCCCCGCCAGCAUCGGACCAAUGAUCCCGGGAACAGUAGCGGCCAUGGCCCAGCAAAAAGCCAAAAGACCUGCUGCCCACAGUCCCAUUGGCCAUGUCGGUCACCCCCGUAUCGGCUUCGCGGGGGGGACCACAAUGGAGGGCAUUCAACCACCACCGAUUGGCCCAUCGACCCAUCUGUCCAUGACGGUGAAUGCACCCGGUCCGCCCCGCGCUGUACGGCCGGUCCGGAGCCAAUACCUGGGCGAUCCGGGCGCGUUCGGCAAACCCCAUCCUCCAUCCGCCAUCACCCCCUCUCCUACGACGUCUCCAUACGCGGGAAUACCGCCGUUAGCCGGAUCCCGCAGCAAAUCCCAUCCGCCUCCUGGGGCUAUCCGUUGCGGGGCCGACGUGCCCGCCGGUCUGGGAGUGGUCACUAGCGCUAUCAGUCGUUCUCACCACCCACGGCCGGUGAAACCCAUGUAUUCCGACCUUCCCGGGGAGCACAUGAUCCCACCCCGACUCGAUCGUGACAACCCCAUCGUCCCAGCCAUCACUGUCGCCCGUACCACACCGAUGCCCCCACAUACCCCCCCGCUGUUCCCAGUUACCCACUAUAUGGCCAUGGGGCCCUCUGCGGAGAGUGGAGUGGGUUUUUCGGGGAGCGUGGCAUGACACAGCAGGGAGGGGGCGCACACCCACCGAUACCUGCUCCUGCGAACGAGCGACGGCGGAAACCCCCGAAGCAGCCAGGAGGGUGUGUUGUGC